AUGUCUGAGCAAAUCAGAGUUUGCAUUGGCGGUGGCGCAGGAUUCAUCGGUUCACACAUGGGCAUCUUCCUUCGUAAGAAAGGCUAUUGGGUUAGAUGCGUUGACUGGGCCGAAAACGAAUUUAUGAAGCCAGAAGAAUUUUGCGAUGAAUUCCUCCGUCUUGACCUUCGUACCUACGAAAACUGCCACAAGGCUUCAGAAGGAUGCCAGUGGGUCUUCAACUUUGCUGCAGAUAUGGGUGGUAUGGGCUUUAUUCAAUCAAACCACUCAGUUAUUCUCUACAAUAACUUAAUGAUCUCCUCCAAUAUGUUAGAGGCAGCCCGCCGUAACGGCGUUCAGCGCUUCUUCUACUCCUCUUCUGCAUGCGUUUAUCCAGAGUUCAAGCAGACAGAGAUUGACAACCCAGGACUUCCAGAAGACUGCGCUUGGCCAGCUAUGCCACAAGACGCUUACGGCUUAGAGAAAAUCACAACCGAAGAGCUUUGCAUGCACUAUGGCAAGGACUUCCCACAGAUGAAGACACGCGUUGCUCGUUUCCAUAACAUCUAUGGUCCACAGGGCACAUGGCGUGGUGGCCGUGAGAAAGCUCCAGCUGCUUUCUGCAGAAAGGCAAUUUGCGCUACAGAUAAGAUCGAAAUCUGGGGCGAUGGCAAGCAGACAAGAUCAUUCACAUACAUCGAUGACUGCCUCGAAGGCGUUUUCAGGCUCUUUAUGUCUGACUACGACAAGCCAGUCAAUAUCGGCUCUGAUGAAAUGGUUUCAAUGAACCAGUUAGUCGAUCUCGCCCUCUCAUUCGAGAACAAGCAGGUCAAGAAGGUCUACCUCGAAGGCCCAGAAGGUGUUCGCGGCCGCAACUCCGAUAACACCCUCAUCAAGAAGGUUCUUGGCUGGGCUCCACCAACACAGUUGAAGGAUGGCCUCAGAAAGACAUACGACUGGAUCAAGGGCCAAGUCGAAGAGUGCAAGAAGAAGGGUGAAGAUAUUUCUCAAUACACAACAUCCCACGUCGUUCAUCUCAAGGAUAUCCCAGAGAUUGGAUCCCUUCGUAACGAAUAA